AUGGCGCAAUCCUUGAAUAACCUCUACAAAUUCAUCGUUCCCUUAGGAAUUGGUGCUGCUGCCGUUCAAUCCUCAAUAUACGAUGUAAAGGGUGGCACUCGAGCAGUUAUCUUCGAUCGUUUGUCUGGAGUGAAGGAGACGGUCGUCAAUGAGGGCACACAUUUUUUGAUUCCUUGGUUGCAAAGAAGUAUCAUCUAUGAUGUACGCACGAAGCCAAGAAAUAUCUCGACUACAACGGGAAGUAAGGAUAUGCAGAUGGUCAGCUUGACAUUGAGAGUUCUACAUAGACCUGAGGUCCAACAGCUACCUAAGAUUUACCAGAACUUGGGUCAAGAUUAUGACGAGAGAGUUCUCCCCUCCAUCGGGAAUGAAGUUCUUAAAUCCAUCGUCGCUCAGUUCGAUGCAGCUGAACUUAUCACCCAACGUGAAGCAGUCAGCAACCGUAUUAGAUCGGAUCUCCUAAAGCGUGCCCAGGAAUUCAACAUCGCACUUGAGGAUGUCUCAAUUACACACAUGACAUUCGGUAAAGAGUUCACUCGCGCCGUCGAACAAAAGCAAAUUGCUCAACAAGAUGCCGAAAGAGCGAGAUUCAUUGUUGAGAAGGCAGAGCAGGAAAGACAAGCAAACGUCAUCCGUGCAGAGGGUGAAGCAGAGAGUGCAGAAACCAUCAGCAGAGCUGUUGCAAAGGCAGGAGAUGGUCUGAUCAUGAUUCGAAGAAUCGAGGCUAGCAGGGAGAUUGCGCAGACGUUAGCAGGCAACCCUAAUGUCACUUACCUGCCCGGUGGUGGAGAGGGUGGUAAAGAAGGUGGUGGAAAGUUUUUGCUUGGCUUGAGAUGA